CGGGAAGGAGUGAACCGCGUCGCGUCUCGGUGCGUCCUUUGAAACUCGGUCCAACCGGGAGAAGCGAGUGCGCACCGAUAACCUCGAAAUCUCGAAUCCCCGUCACGCGCCGCCAUCGACGUGUCCGGACCACCCUCGAAGUAUUUCUAAGCGAGACCUUCGCUUCUGUCGCGUCGGUCGCGAAACGGUCCGCGAGUGAGUGCUCCAAAACCACGGAAGCGUCGCCUGCACCGCCGACUGCAACGCCGACUGCAACAGAGUCAGACAUGAGCCAGGGCGACCAGGAGCAGGACAAGAGCAUGGACAAGAAGGAGAUCGCCGAGGAGGAGAGGGAGAAGAUGCUGAACGCCGAGAACACGAAGCACUCGGGCUCGGUACCGGCCUCGGACGCCGAGGCCGAAGAGCAGAAGCCGAAGAAGAAGAUCCCCAUAGGCGGCAUCAAGAUGCCGGGCUUCUGUCGCACCAAGAGCAAGGAACCCUGCAAGGACGACAGCGCGACGAAACCGGCGGAAUCGGGAGACGCCGACGCGGCCGCGAUGGCGAAGGAGGGCGAGAACCCUGCGGAGAAGCCUACGACCCCGGCGAAGGACUCCAAGGAGAAGGAGGCACGCAAAGGGAUCCUCGACGCCAUCAGACUCCCCCUGGUCUCCGUCUUCCCCAGGAAGAAGAACAAGGAAGGAGACGCCGAGCUGGGGACCACGGGGACCGCCGGCCUCGCCAGCGUGGAGACCCUGGACGAGGGUGCCGAGAAGAACGCGGCAGCCGUCGACGGGGACGGCAUGGAGACCGUGCGCUUGGACGGCGACAACACCGACAAUGCGGCGCCCCCGAAGCAACACCCCUUCGUCGUCUGCCUUUCCACUCUCAGGAGAAACAUACUAGUUUCCGUUGCGACGUUCUGCAUCCUGCUGACCAUCAUCGUCAUCAUCUUCGUGGCCUGUGCCGGGCCUAGAAGAGUGGCCCAGCCCCUGAAAGAUGGCAAGUACGUGGAAGCCGUGACUUCUUGCGGUCCUGUCCAGGGCGUCCUGGAGGACGGCGCCUUCGCCUUCAGAGGAGUUCCUUACGCCGUGCCUCCCGUCGAGCAAAGAAGGUGGUUGCCGGCCGAGCCGCUUCGCAGGAUAGAGCACUGUUGGACCGGUACAUUCAACGCGCACAACGCGUCGGAGAUGUGCUGGCAACGGGAGGCCUCUGGUCGCGUGGAUGGCGUCGAAGACUGCCUCUAUUUGGACGUGUUCACGCCCCACGUCCGCUACGACUCGCCACUCCCCGUGGUGGUGAUGAUCGGCGCCGAAACGCUCAGCGGAGCUUCCCCGGGAGUCAUGCAGCCCUCCGCAAAACUGGCGCGCGUCCGGGAGAUGGUCUUCGUGCGACCUAACUUCAGAUUGGGGGUUUUCGGGUUUCUCGCGGUCGAGCCCCUCUCCAGGGCGACCCAUCCUCCCACUUCUGGGAACUAUGGACUCUCCGACAUCGUCGCGGCUCUUCAGUGGGUGCAGCUGAAUAUCGAGAACUUCGGGGGUGACAAGAAAUCGGUGACCCUCUGGGGCCACCGAGCCGGUGGCACGCUGGUGACCAGCCUGGUGGGUGCGCGGCGCUCCAAGGGCCUCUUCUCCAGGGCUUGGGUGUCCAGCGGAAGCGCCAUCUUCCCCGGCAAGGAGCUGGAGAAGUCGGAGAAGCUCAGCGAGCAGUUCCUCUCGGCCAUCAAAUGCAGCGACGCUUCUUGCCUGAGGAGCCAGACCGCCGAGGACCUGAUGGACGCGGUGCCCGACUCCUGGCACGCGGGGAACGUCGGAUUGCCCGAGCCCAGGGAGGCCACCAACGAUAAGAGGCACGAGUGGCUCGUCCUGGACGGGGCGAUCCUGCAGGAGCACGUGGGUCAGGCCUGGGUAAGGGACGGCCUCCCGGUGAAGCUGGUCAUCGGUACCACCGCCCACGCCGGCGUUCCCGUUCGCUACCGGACCCCCAACACCACCCUGGAGGCUCCGCAAGUCGAGAAACUCGUGAAGGAGUCUCUCCUGGGCACCAUGGGACUCGCCGACGAGGCUCUCAGGCGGUACAACGGCACUCUUAAAGGUCUCGUCACCAUGAUCUCGGACAUCCGCGUGGUGUGCCCCUUGCUGACCCUGGCCACCCAACAGCCGAACAUCCCGUUCUACGUGGUGACCCAGGCGAGGGGGAACCCUGCCUUCGCGGACCCCGACAGCGACGCCGCCGCCAUCCUGGGAUCUUACGCCGCCAAGACGCCCGAGGAGAAGAGACACUUGUCAGCGAUACAGCAGCUCUUCAACCACUACGUUUGGCAUGGCGAGGUCGCCCAGGCUGACCCCAAGGGCGCGAAGAGGGUCCUCAUGGUCGGCCAGGACGUCCUCCAGGAACACGAUUACCCCAACUGCGACUUCUGGAUACAGAAGAACAUCGUGCCCACCUACGCGAGGAUCGAUUAAGGGACUCGCGCAUCCCGGGCGGGUCGCACGCGAUUCGACACCCUGGAAGUCGGAUGAAGCCGCGCGAAUUCCUGGUUUCCUUGUGUCUCGUCGUAUCUUUUUUCUUUCCCCGUACCUUACGUUCGAUUGCGCGGAACUGCGCGAACGUGACUCCCGGGUCGGGGGAGGAGAUACCCGGACUGCAGCUCUUAUCUUAUCGGUCUGCUUUUUUGUCUCUCGGUUCGAUUACGGAGAAGCGCCCGGGGGUCAUCCUUGAUAUCUGAAUCCUUGAAUUUCCGUACGACCCUGACGAAGUCGGGUCUCUUUGUAGAUGGCUUUGUCCAACUUCUCUGUGGGGAGGUCGCAGGGAGGGUACCGUUUAAUCACUUAAGUAGCUGGAUAAUGGAUGUCUAAUGAGAUUAUUAACGAGAUACAAUAAGCGAUCCGACUUUCGAGGGCGUCAGGCUCGACGGAGCUCAAGAGUGGACGUCCUGGGGAUACCUUGAAACCGGUAAACGACGUAAGGACUCGGUUGGAUUUUCUUUUUUUUUUUUUCGUAUUCGCUUUAGCGAGAAACGCGCACUUGGUCGAGGUUGGCCGAAAGGAUUCGAACUCGGAGAGUCUUGCACCUUGCGCGACGUCGAGCUCGAGGAAGCCCACCGUCGAGGAGGCGAGCGAGAUUAAUGUUAAUAGCGGAAAGAGUGUCUAUAGACGUGCGUACUGCGGGUCCGCGGGAUAAAACGAUAAUAUGUAUGUGUAUAAAUGUGAAUCAAAUUGUAAUAUAUUGCGUGAGGGCAGGUAGAGAGGAAGGCGAGGACCUCUCCGCUCUGCUUGAAACCUCCGAAUGAAGAGCGAGGAACGAAUCGCAGAAUUAGGCUGAGGAAUAAAUUGCCCCCGUUUUUUCGGCGUAACUUUACGUUAAGAACGGCGGCAAUAAGGUGUUCACCUUAUUCCUCAAUUGAGUGAAAAUCCGAGACGAGGGAACUCGCUUUCAUGCGGACUUUUCAAGCGAGAGGAGGAACGGCCAGAGAGAGAGAGGGAUAGGAGAAAAUGAGAGCCGUAGCGAGAAGCAUUAGUUUAGGAGAGACAGAGCGAAUAUCGACCGUGCAUAUAUAUAUAUAUUAUAUAUUACGAUAUAUUCUUGUAAGGUGUGAGCUACGAGGGUGCGAGCCAGAGGUCCGAGGUCGGACUUUCGAAGAGCGGCUCCAAGAAUCUCAGAAAUUAUUCAGAGGCAGGAUAUCGACGUUUUGGCAGCCUCCGAAGGGCGAUAUAUCCUCCCUCUUGCUCGCACUCCGCUCUUAAGCUUACGGUAGUCCUUAGGAAGUUACAAGAUACGUUUCAUUUAGAGCUAUAUGAACGAAAGGAGGUUCCUCGAGCGACGAGCGACUCUUGGAGAUUUUAGCGUUAAUCGUGGGAAGAAAUACUCCCGCGAGGAUUUUCUACUGUACCGUGAUAUACAUAUACAUAGGGAUAGGUCAGGUCUGCGGGCGACGAAACCGAUAUCGAAGACGUAGAUUUUUUACGGGGACUUUUUCUACCGCGGGACUUUUUCCUUUUUUUACCGAAUAAUUUAAGGCCGAACGUAGGUAGACUCGAGAUCGAUUCGAGGGAUUGGACGCAUUCGAUUGCGACCGCUGUAAUUUCCACCAUUCCCCCGACACUCUGCGUGAUAAUGCUGCCGAUUAUAAGACGAUUCCACGUCUGUAAUUAAUGCCUGUAAUUAAUUAACCACGGUCGCAAUCGAAACGUCCAUCUUCGUCGCUCAAUCCAAGCCAUCCUCGCGACUGGAGGACGUCAUUCAGACUGAAGGGAAAACCGAUCAGUAUUUUCGACCGAAUUUGGUCGAGCGACGAAAUACUUUUAACAGACUGAUACCAAAUCUGGUAUUUUAUAUGCAUGUACUUUUCUCCAAUUUUUAUAUAUAUAUUUUUUUUUUGCCUUUUACAGCGUCAAUGUCACUCCUGUCAGAGAGGACGAAGCGCGCUCCUUGAGAUGGAAGGUAGGAGCUUCCAGUUUCCCGAAAAAGCCUUAAAACCUCUCAGGUAAACCGACAAAAAGUCUGGUCCAAAACGAAAGAGAACGAGGGCUCUCCUCUAGGGAGGCUCGGAGGGUUUUUUUUUUCUUUCUUUCUAAAAACCAUUUUUCGCGCCCGCCAUUUUGAGAGAGGCGCGCCAUCGUGAGUGCUCGAUUUUUAUUCUUGUUUUUUUUUUUUUUUUUUAACGAAAUAUAAGCCCGCAGACGUGAUCGCGAAAUCGGACACUUCGGCAAUGCCGGAAACCCUGCCACCUUCGUUUACAUCUGCCCCAUAAUCAUGCUUAAUCGCUAAUCCCGAUUUAUAUUAACGUAAUCGUUACGUCGCUAAGUGGAUUAAUUUAUUUUCACGGAGAUGUGAUAAAUUAGUAUUUAUAGCGGCGACUCGCGUCGACUCCCUGUAACUAGUUUACCGCAUUGCGAUUAUUAGUUAUGAUUAGAUAUCAUUAUUACAAUUAAUAUAUAUAUAUAUAAUUAAUCUUAGACUGUAAUAUACUAUACUGUGUAAUGAAGAGUAGCGAGUGGGACGGCAGAGCGAUCUCGAACCACGUAUGACGGAUUAUUCUUAGGCGAUUAUGGAGGCAAAUAGUUUUGCAUCGGUAUGGUUACGAUUAGGGACGAUGCACCUUUUUUUUUUUCUUUUUUUAAUUUUUAACACUCGGUUCGUUUUAUCUCAUUUUAUUCGCGUUACUAUUGUGGUCGCGGAUUUAGCAGGGUACUCGGCGGUCACUUUAUUCCUGCACGCAUAUUGCCUUUGCUAGACACGAGUGAGAACGCACCUUAUAUAUAUGUACGUCUUUAGCCCCGAGAUAAUGAUUUUUAACAUUUAAUCGCGUUAAAUGACCAGGUCUUACGCCGUUGGGAAAUUACGUUUUAUCGCGACGAGGUCUCGCGUUAAUUCGGUGCGAUCGUUCCGAGGGUACGAUCGGUUCUUUUUUUUUUUUCCCUCUACGUUUCUUUAAAUUAAACCAGAUCUUUUAUUGCCACCGCGCGUAUUGUGCUAUUCUAAUUUUAUUGUAUACACUGUGCCGUCAAUAAAGUUGUAUAAUCGGAUAGUAA